UUGUUUUCCAAUUUUUAUAAAUGAGGAGCAAACUGGAAACAGUCAAAGUCAACAAUAAAAGUAACACUUUAUAAUCUCCCUAAACUGUGAGAGUCAUGUGGAGUAGUGAAUAGUGAGUAAGUUGGUCUGAGAGUCAAGAGAAGUUGAGUUCAAGUUCUGAUUCUGAUAUCUACUGGCUAUAUGAUUUAGUAAAGUUAUUUAACCUUUCAGUUUUCCCAACUAAUUAAGACUAUUGUUACUGAAAAAGUGGAGAUCUGUAUUGGUAGAAAAUAUUUCACAGAAGGAGGGACCUAGAACCAGUGAAAUAGCAAGUAUGCAAAAAACAAACAAACCAUUGACAGUUGGUUAGUAAGUAGAGAAUCUUAGACCCCUUAAAUGUUUAUUUCAAUUAAUUAAUAAAUUAAAAAAUUUAAAGUAUCAAAUUGACCUUGUAAACAGUUUGAUCAACAAAGUAAGACCAUUUUAUGGACCCUAAAAAGAGUUCAUGUACCAAGGUAUUUAUGACAUUAAAAAACUAGUUUUAUGCCUUCUUUUAUAAACUGAGUAGGCAUUAUUAACAAACAAAUUAUUCUAAUAUUAACUAACUAAAAUUGACUUCUGAUUCCUUUUCCUUUAAAAGAUAUCUGAAAUUCGUAAUACUUGGAUUGAUGGAUCUCAUGAAUAAAUCCAUUGUUUCUGAAUUUGUUUUGUUGGGUCUCUCUGGAACAUGGACACUUCAGAUUUUCUAUUUUUUAAUCUUUUUCAUGCUCUAUGGUGCAACCGUAGUGGGGAAUCUCCUCAUUAUGGUCACAGUGACUUUUAGUUCCCAUCUACACUCUCCAAUGUACUUCCUCCUCGGCAACCUCUCCUUUUUUGAUAUGUGCCUCUCUACUGUCACUACACCCAAGAUGAUUGCAGAUUUGUUAAGGAAACAAAGAACCAUAUCUUUAUGGGGAUGUAUGACUCAGAUGUUCUUCAUGCAUUUAUUUGGGGGUGCUGAGAUGACUCUCCUCAUUGCUAUGGCCUUUGACAGAUAUGUUGCUAUAUGCAAACCUCUCCAUUACACAUCCAUCAUGAGCCGUCGCCUACUCUAUGGUUUUGUGUUAUUCUCCUGGAUAAUUGGUUUCAUACACACUAUGAGUCAAAUUGUUUUAACUGUAAACUUACCCUUUUGUGGACCCAAUGUUGUGGACAAUCUUUUCUGUGACCUUCCACUAGUGAUCAAACUUGCUUGUAAGGAUACCUAUAUCCUUGAACUCUUUGUUAUUGCUGAUAGCGGACUACUCUCACUGAUUUGUUUUAUCCUGUUGCUUGUGUCUUAUACUGUCAUUCUGGUCACUGUUCAUAAUCACUCAUCUGGUGGACUCUCCAAAGCUCUGUCUACAUUGUCCGCUCAUAUCACUGUAGUGACUCUUUUCUUUGGGCCAUGUAUCUUUAUUUAUGCUUGGCCAUUCAGUAACUUUUCAGGGACUAAAAUUCUUUCUGUGUUUUAUACGGUUAUUACACCCUUAUUAAAUCCCAUUAUCUAUACAUUAAGGAAUCAGGAGAUGAAAGUGGCCAUGAAAAAACUGAGGAUACAGCAUAUUAGCUCCAGAUAAACUUUUUAUGUGAGUCGUAACAUGAAUGUAGGUGGAGUAGUGGAUAGAAAGCUGAACUUGGAAUCAGGAAGACAAGAAUUAAAAUCUGGCCUCAGAUACUCCCCUGCUGUGUGACCUUGGGUAAGUCAUUUAACCUCUGCCUUUGUUUUAUCAUUUGUAACAUGGGAAUAAUAAUAGCUCCUAUUUCCCAAGAUCAUUUUAAGAAUAAAAUGAGAUAAUAUUUGUAAAGUGUUUUUCAACCCUUAAAGCACUAUAUAAGUCAAGUGUGCUAUCAUUUUACUAUGAAGGAUAUUACUAUUAAAUAUUCUAUUAAAUAGACUAGAUGAUUUUUUAAAAUUCCAAAUUUCAAUUCACUAAAAUUUCAUUAAUUUAUUUGGGCAAUUGAU